GUGAGCACAACUCCAGAAGCUCCCAGGACAAGGCCACCGCCCCGGAAUCAGGGCCUUCCCAGUUCUGCCUUCGGGGAGGGGAACGGGGGUGGCCCGCGGGAAGUCAGUUACCAGCGCCUCCUGAAGUCCCUCCCGCCGCCCCGCGUCGCUCUAAGGCGGAGGCCGGGGAGGGGGCCGCGCCGCCCGCCCGCUCUGCGCUCGGCUCCAGACUUCGGCAUUUCCUCCCCGCUAGCUGGCGCGGACUCGCCUCCCCUCGGAAGAGGAAACUCCUGGGGCCGAGUAACGGGAACAAGAGCGGAGGAGAGCGGGCACGAGCGCGGAGGGGGAGCCCGCGAGUGCCGCCCAGGGUAGGAGACGAGCCGGGCCGGGUCGGAAGCUGGCCGCGGGCGGCGCGCCGGGCGGGGCGGGGAGGGCCGCCGGGCGGGACGGAGCUCGCAGCCGGCGCAGGGCGCGGCCCGGGGCCCGGGAGCGCAGGGCGGGCCGCAGCUGGAAGGAAAACUUGAGCUGGGAGAGGAGGCCGAGCUGGAGGGAGCCUUCCCCGGACCCUGCGAGGGGGGAGCCGCCGCGGAGGCGAAGGAGACCGGGACCGCGGGGCUGCCGGGGCGCUGCCCGCAUGCUGGGCCGGGGGCGCCGCCGGGGCUCGCGCCCUGGGCUGCAGGGCCGCCGCUGUCCCGGGCACCCGGUAUGUCGGUGCACUACACCCUCAAUCUGCGCGUCUUUUGGCCCCUGGUGACCGGCCUGUGCACUGCCCUUGUGUGCCUCUACCAUGUCCUCCGGGGAAGCGGGGACGACCGGGCUGAGCCCCCCGACGGUGCGGACGGCGGCUUCCCGCUGCUCAAGGUGGCCGUCCUGCUCCUCCUUGGCUACAUCCUCCUGCGCUGUCGCCACGCCGUCCGGCAGCGCUUCCUGCCAGGGGCUCCCCGCCUGGGGAGACACUCCACCUUCUCUCCUAGACACUUCCGAGAGCCGAGCCUUGGCAUCUUGCUGGAGAGUUACUACGAGCACGAGGUGCGCCUCUCUCCGCACGUGCUGGGCCACAGCAAGGCGCACGUGAGCCGGAUCGUGGGCGAGCUGGUGCGGGCUGGCCGCGCCCGGGGGUCCCCGGGCCCCAUCCCCGGCGGGGCGCUGGCGUUGGCCUUCCGCGGAGACUUCAUCCAGGUGGGCAGCGCCUACGAGCAGCAUAAAAUCCGUCGGCCCGACGGCUUCGAUGUGCUGGUGCCACUGCGCCUCCCGCCGCUGGUGGCGCUGGAGCCUCGGAGCCUGGGCGCCGAGCCCGCGCUGGCCCCAGCCUUCCACGGCUGUUUCGUGUGCGCGCUCAAGGCGCCGCCGGGGGCCUCCGGGGGCCACUGGCUCCGGGACUGCAAACCCUUUGCCGACGGCUUCUGCGUGGACGUGCUCGGGCGGCGUCACCUCUCCGCCACUAUGGUGCUUCGCUGGUUCCAGUCGCACCUGCAGCGUUCCCUGGCCACCGUGCGCUACAGCCUGGAGGGGCGUUGUCGGGUCAGCCUGACCCCCGGCGGCCUGGAGCAGCCUCCUACCCUGCACAUCCUGCCGUGCCGCACGGAUUACGGCUGCUGCCGCCUUUCCAUGGCAGUGCGUCUCAUCCCCGCUGUGCAUUUGGGCGAUGGCGUUUUCCUCGUGGCACCACCGCCGCCACCCUCACCUGUUGGGCCCCUGUCGGAGCUCCCGGGAGGCCUGCGCACGGAUGCACUGUGGGGUGUGAAUACAGCACGUCAGGAGCAGAAGCUGCUGAGCUGGCUGCAGGAACGGGCCCCUCCAGGUGCCUGCUACCUCAAGUGCCUGCAGUUGCUUAAAGCUCUGCGAGACCUGGGCGCCCGCGGGCUGGACCCGGCGGCCGCCACCCAGUGGGGACGCAUUCUGUCCUCGUACAUGCUCAAGACAGUGCUGCUGGCGGUGCUGCUGCGUGAGGGGGCUCCGGUUCAAGGCUGGGACGAGGCACACCUGGGUGAGCGGUUGGAAGAAUUAGUGCAGUUCCUUAGGGACUGCCUGCUGCGACGCCAUACGCUCUUCCACUGCGUCCUGGGCCCUGGUGGGGCCGCUGCCGAGGUGGGCCCACUGCCCAAGGUUCUGCGUGAAGCUGCCCCGGUUGACCUCCUGGCCGCGUUCGACAGACAUGCCCGGGAACUCGCGGCUGCGAGGUUGCUGUCCACGUGGCGAAGGCUGCCCCAGCUUCUCCGGGUCUAUGGGGGUCCUCGCUACCUUGCCAGGUGCCCCCCACCCCGGAGUCAGCGCACCCAGGGCUUCCCUGAAGAUGAACCAUAAACCUUGACAGCGCCUCCACCUGGCCAAAAGCUCCUAAAGCCUCUCCCCACCCCCCACCCCCCCAUGGGGGUGGGGAUGGCAACGAAGCCAGUUUAUCGCAAGGAAAUGAGCUGCCACAGGUGUUGGAAAAUUCAGAAGGUGACAUUUGGUGACUUAUUAUGUCACCCCUGGCUCCAAAGCCAGUAUAGUUAUGGCAUCUUUUUCACACCCACCGUAGUGUCCGGAGCAAGCUACAGAAAGACAUCCAACCCCAGCAGCUAAGAGUUGGUCCAAAUGUUGAUUUGUGUGAAAUGAUUCUGUAGAAGGAUCCAGCUUUUAGGGAAGUCCAGUAAAGGAAGCAAGAAAUAGCUGCAGAGAAAGUUUCCGCUGUCGUUUUUUGAGACACAGAUCUCUGGCCCCCAGAUUUAAAGAAGCUAAUGUUUUUUUGAUGUAACUACUUGCUAGGUCCUGGAUUCCUGAUGGUCUUCCUAAAAAUCGGAAUCUUUACAACUGGAAUUGAAGUUCUAUUCUAGGGGCUAAUGUUCUGAGGAACACAGGUUCCACCGCUCAAACUAAUAUUCACGUAUUUUUUAAAUGGUGGAAUCACGGGUGUCUGACAGGAUUGCAAAGAAUGAAGUCACAUAUGUUGAGAGAGAGGUCGUCUAGAGUUGGUUAGAGAAACUCCCAGAGCAAACAGCACUGUAUUUUGAUCAGACCUUUCAUUUUGUGCUAAUGGCCAGUGCCAAGUUGUUGCAUCUGAAAGGGAGGCCAGUUCCAUUUGUCAUUAAGAAAUGUGCAGUCUUAAAAAGCAGGCUUGCUUAACAUCCCUGCAGGCAUACAAUGGGGUGAGUACCAGUCAACACCCAUUCAUGGAGAGCAUACCGCGAGCCAGGCACAGUGCAGAGUAGCAAAGGAUCCAUGUUUAGCACGACGCUGGUGAGGACGUAGAAACGUGUUGGGUUUUGAGGAAGAUAUAGUUUGAUCUUCGCAUAUGAAGAUGACUCACCAUAGCUUGCUGCUGGCUGAGACAGAAACAUAUUGGUUUGUUUGUUUGUUUGUUUUCAGCCUUUUUAACACACUCCUCUGCCCGGUGAUUUCUUUCCGAGUGUCAUGAGAUGACGAAGAGGCAAUGCAGGCUGUAGUGCCUAGGAUGUGGUCAGCUCUCUCAGUGAAUGCUCGGCGAUGGUUAGCAUUAGAAAGUUCCUCUCCCAUCGCCCCCCCUCACCCCCCCCCCCCCCCCCCCCCCGCAGCCUUUAAGUAAGUGGUCCUAAGGCCAACUUGAGGAGUAGUUGAUUCAGCCCAGGUCUUGCAGGGCCUUUCGUAAAGAAUUCAGUAUCCUGGGUUCUGGGCUCCCUGACUGAUCAGCCGAGGAGAGUAAGUGAGGGGGAGGUGAGGGGAGUCCUUGUCAGGAGUCUGCUGUUGUUUCUCUUUGGACAUAAAUGUCCCCAACUCGGCUGAAGUGUCAGUAAGUCCACCAUCCGCUCGCUUGCCGAAUAGAAAAUGUAACCAGUCCCACCCAGUGCUAGACUUGGGGACUUUUAUUUAUUAUUAUUUUUUUUUGACAAAGACAUGUACUUCCUUAGAUUCUUAAAGGUAAAACUUGGAAGACAGAAGGAGCCAUCUAAAUUGGGCCAUUGUUCAACUUCUGAGUUGUUUUGAGGGAAUUCUUUAAACUUGCUUGAGGGGACCUACUUGGCCACUGCAGGAAGUCAUUGUGAAUAAAUGGUUGGCAGGAUAUCCUCGUGGGAGCUGAGGAGACGACUUCUGUCCUUUGUCACUUUGGACUGUAAGAGAAAUAGUUGCAAAUGUUGCGCCUUCUCUUUGAGGUUGUUCUGGGGACAGUUCCUCUUGAUGACACAAAGGUCAUUCCCAGCUUUGGAGGUCAGUGUUAGGUCAUAAGGUACUGCAUUUAGUAAAGGGAUCCGUCUACCAACUUCCUGCGAAGAUAUAAACUGCACAGUGUUUCUUAAACUUACUUUUUAAAAUAGAUGCCAAGAGUACGUAGAUCUUUAUAAAUAUAUAUAUAUAUUUAUAAUGUUUCCAUAUAAGCCCCAAUUCCCCCCGUAGUCAUUAAGUCUACUGAAGUGGGGAACAGCAAGGCUAUUGGAGGGAUUAUAAAGCUUUAAAAACUGAAUUUUUCAGAUGUUUCUAGCUGAGUCAAUAGGUUCCUUUUUUAAUUUUUAUUUUUUAAAUCAUACUAGUCUUUUGAAGUGUAAAUCUGGUAACAUUCUGUUCUUGUAGUGUUUGUGUUAUUUUUUUUCUUCAGGUUAAUUACCCAAAGCCUCAUCCAUCCUCAAGAUUUUUAAAUUUUAUUCUUAUUUUUUAAUUAAUGGGGCAUUGUGUUUGUGAAUUUUUAAAAUAUUAAUGUUUUAUUUAAGUGCCAUGCUGAGCAGUUGUUCUCUGCACAUGGUAACCAAAAGUUAGAGAUGUCGAUCAAUUUUGAUCAAUGUUUAGUGAUCCCAAACAUGUACUGUGUACAAAUGAAAUAAUAUGGCAUAUUAGCCAGGUGUGAUGGUUGCCUGAGGCACUUAAAUUAAGCUCAAUUCUGUAUUUUAUCAGGGCUCUGUCAUGUCCUUGAUCUGAAAUGUACAUACACAUUUUUGGUGUAUACUUGGUACUAGAGAUUCAUUUAUGCAAAUAUUCUUAUUCGAGAAGCCUCACAAUUGCUCAUGUUAAAGAAAAAAGAUGAAUUGUCCAGCCAGUGCCCAAAGAAAAAGUUUUAGGGAAGAUGACUCAGCUGUUUUGCCCAAAGACACCCUUCAGUAACUCCCACUGACCAGUCUUGGGAGCCGUCCCGGAAGGCUCAUGCGCUGAGAGAAGGAGAUGUUUUUUGCAAAAAGGAAAUGGAAGCUGAAAGAAGGGAGAAUGGAAGGAUGGAGGGGAGGGAGAAAUCUGAAGAAUUCAGGAAGGAGGCCUUAAGAGAGAAGUGAAGGAAGAGACAGGAGAAGGGCAGACGGUGUGGAAAUCACAUGGGGGUGCAAGAGGUUUGGGUAGGAAACACAUUUUUAGGUAUGUGCUAUUUCAAACCAGGGGUCGCAAACUCAGCAGCCUGCAGAAGUAAGGCAGGGAGAUGAAUAUGGGAAGGGGUGGGUGGGUGGUGGGGACUGUGCCCAUCUUAAGUGGGGCAGUCAACGUUCAGCUCUGCUGGGAAAAGGGUAGGGAGAGGCCGGAAAUCAGGAUUUUUUUUCAAGUGGAACUUUCUCAUUUUUAAACAAAAUAAUUUUAAAAUGUUCCAAACACCAUGUGGGCCGAACAGAACAUUUGCUGGAGCCUGGGGGCCACCAGUUUGCGGCCCCUGCCUUACACAGUAUGCAUAAGGUUAUAUUUAUUGUUAUGGAGAUAAUGUUGUUAUACAUUGUUGGGGUUGUGAUACUUCAAGUUCUUUUUAUCUCUCAGAGCUAAGCUUUAUUGUAGAAACAAACCAAAAAAAAAAAAAAAAAAAUUAACAUGGCCACAGAUAACACUUAACUCAUAAUUCCCAGGAGGACCCUCCAUCCUGGAGUUGUUAAUUCCCAGUCACAUCCUCCAGUCAAACCGCUGGGAGCCAGUUCUUGGCAUUUCCUUCCUGGUGAGUUGGGGCUAAGCUCCUUGGCUCAGUUGGAGUUUGCAGAUGAGUAAUCAGGAAUGAUUGCAGAAGAACUUGUUUCCUUUUUAUUUGUAUUUUGUUCUUAUUUCUAAGUGAGUUUUUAGUGGGAUCCCAUACUGUGCCUUAGCAAGGAUGGUUGGUGGCCGUGGACAACAGAAAUCCAGUGCUGGGUUUUCAAGCUCCUACUGCCAAAGAAUACCAUUCUGAUCAGAUGUUUCUACCCCUUUCUGACUUGGGAUGGGAUGUCCCACCAAAACGGACAUCCUAGGAUUUGGAAGGAAUUAACCUAACAUGCUUCCAAAGUAUCUCUUUUAACCUCAUGGAGUAAGUCACUCUUUCUGUAAAAUGUGGCUUUUGAUCUUGGUGAAGACUUAACUUAUCUCUACCUACAGGGAGGAAGGCUAUGACUUCCUUCCCCAGUAGUGGGGAAGAUGAACCUCAUUAACAUUUCCAGUGACCCUAGAGAGGGGGGAAAAAUGUUCAGUGUUAUCAUCUUGGUGUUCGUUAAUUUUUUUUUUUUAAUCAUACAUCUGUUACUUAGACACUACUGUUUGUUUCCAUUUAUACCUACAUAGCACAUGAUUUGGUGGAAAUUUAGCAAGUAUAAGUUGGGAGAGGGUGAAGAUAAUAUGCAAUCAUCUAUACAGAGAGAAUAGACUGAAAAAAUUAUAUAUAAUCUGGAUUUUGAAGUAUCAAAGAUAUUCAGGAAUAUUUUUAGCACCUUGUGCUUUAAAAAAAAAGGUGCCUUGAUUCAGUGACUUGACUUUAAAACAUUCCUCUUAUUUUAUUGUUAUUUUAAAUGUGUAUUCUGACCCCCAGCUAUAUAUUAUGAUGUAGCCCAUUGGCUGCAGUCAUGGUGUAUGGUUUGUUCCAGUAACAGAGACCAAAGAGUUAAUCAAAUAUGAUUCCGCUGCUACAGUUGUGUGAUUCAAAGGAGUUUUCAAUCACACCAAAUUUCCAUGGCCUAGGCAGUUGAGGCCAGCCAUUUGUCUUCUAUUUCAGGUUGGAGUAAAUUUGCACUUUUAAUCUUUCGGGUCAUCUGGGGGGCCUUGUUCUUUUAUACUUGGCUUUGUUAAUAAAGGAACUUGUAGAAAACCUUG